AUGGGUGAAAUCGGUACGAAUCUGCUCCGGCGGAGGAUAGCUGAACAAGCCCGCGAACAGAGCACGAUACGCGACGCAGCACUGGAGAACAAAUUUCGAAAGCUGCCUAAUCCAACGUCGCCCAGAAACGACAAACAGGUGUACAACCUGUCAUCAAAGGAGCUGACGAAGGAUCAGAUGCAAGUUUUACGGCACGAAGCUUCAUUUAACAAGGCUGACGCCAAACCUGUUAACAUGAUUGCAGCAGUGCAAUCAAUCCUUUGUCAGACGGAGGCAACGGAGGAGACUAAGAACCUCAUCCGACACCAAGUGUCGUCUCUCCUGAUGGCGCACAGACCGCGGGAAGUGCUUUCCAAGGUCGAACGUGAUGCGCUUAGAGAACUCAAGGCCGACAAAGACCUGGUCAUCGUGCCAGCGGACAAAGGACGUGCCACAGUUGUACUGGACAGGACAGACUACCUUCAAAAAGCCAAAGGUUUACUGGAGGACCGACAGUUCUAUGGCCCAUGUUCAAAGAAGCCUUUAAAGGCGCCGACACGCGAAAUCAAUGCUACGUUGUUGGCCUUGGAGAACUCAGGUGCAAUAACACCGACCGACAGACGCAUGGCGAGACCCCAAGAUACGGCUUUGGCCCGAUUCUAUGGCCUCCCUAUGGUGCACAAAGACGGCGCUCCUCUCCGACCCAUCGUGUCGCUCAAAGGGACUCCAACGUACGGACUGGCGAAGUGGCUGUUCCGGUGUCUCAAGUUCCUGACCGCUGAGUCAUACACCACGGUCUAUUCGUCAGCACAAUUCCUGGAGAAACUCAAAGGGGUAAGCAUCCAUCCAAAUGAGGUCAUGGUAUCUUUUGUUUUUACAUCCCUUUUUACUUAUAUCCCCCAGGACCUGGUGAUCGAGACAAUUGAACUGCUACUACAAAGCAAAUACGAUGAAACGGAGAACCGUCUUGGACACGCCCAAAUCCUUCAGCUCCUGAAGCUCUGUCUCAGGACGUACUUCACGUUCGACGGGACAAUCUACGAACAGGUGAAGGGCACACCAAUGGGUUCGCCGAUUUCGGGAUUCAUCGCCGAGGCGGUCCUGCAACGAUUAGAGUCGCUGGUCUUCGAACACCACAGACCGAAAUUCUGGGCCUGGUAUGUGGAUGAUACCUUCGUCGUCAUCGAACGGGAUCAGGUGUUGACAUUCCAAGAACAUCUCAACGCCGUCUUCCCGGACAUUCAAUUUACGAUGGAGAAGGAAGAGAACAACCAGUUGGCCUUCCUGGAUGUCCUUGUAUGCCGCAAGGAUUGCGGUGGACUAAAGACCAAAGUGUUCAGGAAAGCGACAAGUACGAUGCAAGUACUGAACUUCAACAGUAACCACCCAAUCAGCCACAAACGCAGUUGUGUAAGGACGCUCUAUCUGCGUGUCGAAACGCACUGCAGUGAGCCGGAAGACAAAAUUAAUGAACUACAAUACCUCCGACGGGUCUUCAAAGCCAAUGGCUACCCGCGCAACUUCGUCGACCGGUGCAUACGCAAAAGGGACGAAAGGCCUAACCGCACGGACACCAAGUCUUGGCGGGCACUUCCGUAUGUCAAGAACGUUUCGGAAGCUGUCGGCCGCCUUCUCGCACCACUUGGGGUUGGAGUGGCACACAGACCGGAGGCAACCAUCAGGCGUCUGAUCAUGAAACCGAAAGACCCACUGCCACGGCUAGAAACGUCUGGAGUCGUUUAUCGGAUCUGGUGCAGUUGCGGACAAAGCAACUACGUCGGAGAAACCGGAAGACAGCUCCGAACGAGGAUGGCCGAACACGCGGCAGCGGUGCGCAGAAAUGACGCCAGCUCUCAAGUUGCGGCUCAUUUGACGAGACCCGGCCACACAUUUAAAUUCGAUGAGGCCGAAAUUCUCGCAAGAGUUGACAACCGAGUGAGCCGAGAGCUACUGGAAUCAUGGUUUACUGGCCCCCAGUCCAUCAACAAGUGCAACGAUCUUCCCAUUCAAUACAGCGUGCUGAGACUUCGUCUAGGCGGAGUAACAAGCCACGCGGGGAGCGCACUGGUGAACACUCUUCCCAACACCCGGGUCAACGCAUCAGAUGGUCGAGCAAUCAUCACGCCAACAUCCAACGCACGUGAUGAAAUUGCGGCAAUUAUCGACUCGAAUGUCGGCCGUCAAGCAAUGAUCACCCCAAGUGUGACAAUCCCGGAUGAAGGGGGAAGCCGUGAACGUUCAUAG